UCUUCCCUGGUCCUUCCAAGCCGCUUGGCGUAGGCGGGAAGGAGCUCAAUACGAGCGGAGCUCUUUAGGCAAUAGGCACGCACUCUUCUACAUAAAAUAUAUUUCGAAUACUUCCCACCCCAACCAUUCGUAUAACCUUCUCUUCUCCUUUUUCCGUCUCGCCUCGCGGUCUCUCGAUCUCUCUUCGCCUUCAGAAACCAAAUGGCUCGUAACAAGGAAGCGGUGGUUUUGCUACUGGAUGUUGGUCCGUCGAUGCAUAGCGUUCUCCCUGAGGUUGAAAGGGUCUGCUCGAUGCUCGUACAGAAGAAGCUAAUUUUUGGUAAGAGCGACGAAGUGGGGUUUGUCUUAUUUGGAACCGACGAUACAUACAAUGAGCUUCAAAAGGAAGUGGGUGGAUAUGAACAUAUAGUGGUCUUACGUAAUAUUGGAGUUGUCGAUGGAAAUGCAGUGGGUUUUCUACAAAAUCUUCCGAGAGGAAAUUUCCCUGGUGACUUUAUUGAUGCCAUUGUUGUUGGAAUAGACUUGCUGAUAAAGAAAUUUGGGCCUACAAACAAGGGAAAACAGCGCAUUUGUCUCAUCACUGAUGCAAAGUAUCCAAUUAAAGAGCCGUAUGAGGGGACAAAAGAAGAUCAAGUCAAUACCAUCUCUCAAAUGAUGCAAACUCAUGGAAUAAGACUCGAUUGUAUCGUUAUCAGAGAAAAACUACCAGGAGCUGAUCUGAGGGUAAUGGAGGAAAAUGAUAGUCUAUUGGAUCAGUUCUCAAGGAAGGCAAUAGCAAAAAUAGUACAUGUUGAUAGCCCAACAUCAUUGUUGGGUGCUCUUAAAACUCGAAAUAUCUCCCCAGUGACAGUGUUCAGGGGAGAUUUGGAACUAAGCUCAACAAUGAAGAUCAAGGUAUGGGUUUAUAAAAAAACAUCUGAGGAGAAAUUUCCUACAUUAAAGAAGUAUUCUGGCAAAGCACAUUCAUCUGAUAAAUUUGCUACUUAUGAAGUUAAAGUUGAUUAUGAGUACAAAAGCAUGGAAGAUCCUGAUAAAGUUGUUCCACCAGAACAAAGAAUCAGAGGUUAUCGUUAUGGGCCACAAGUAGUUCCUAUAUCAUCAGCUGAAUGGGAGGCAGUAAAGUUCAAACCUGAGAAGGGUGUAAAGCUGUUAGGAUUUACAGAUGCUUCCAACAUAUUGCGGCACUACUACAUGAAGGAUGUAUAUAUCUUUAUUCCUGAACCGGGCAACCAAAAAGCAAUUGUUGCAGUUUCUGCUAUAGCUAGAGCCAUGAAGGAUAUGAACAAGUCUGCUAUUUUGCGGUGUGUUUGGAGGCAAGGUCAGGGAAAUGUUGUGAUUGGGGUGUUAAGGCCCAACAUAUCUUCUGUGGACAAUAUUCCAGAUUCCUUCUACUUUAAUGUGCUUCCUUUUGUUGAGGAUGUUCGAGAAUUUCAAUUUCCAUCCUUCAGAAGUUUCCCAUCAUCAUGGCAGCCAAAUGAACAACAGCAAGAAGCAGCAGAUAACCUUGUCAAGAUGUUAGACCUUACACCAUCUGAAGGAGAAGAAGUGCUGCAACCUGACUACACACCAAAUCCCGUCCUGGAGCGGUUUUAUCACUUUCUGGACUUGAAGUCGAAGCAGCCAGAUGCCGAUGUGCCUCCACUUGAUAGAAACCUUAGGGGGAUAACUGAACCUGAUCCUGCUGUUUUUUCUUGCCACAAGUCUGUAAUUGAUAACUUCCACAAAAAUUUUGAGCUGAAGGAGAAACCAAAGAAAAAGAAGUCUUCUAAACGUGCCUGGAGGGGAAAACCAUCAGCUUCUAGUGAGGAGGAAGGUGUCGAUGGUGAGGCAUCUGGCUUUCAGAGUUCUAAUUUAAUGAAAGAUUCGUCUAACAUAAAUGUUGAAAAAAUUGGAAAUCUGAAUCCUGUCCAAGAUUUUGAAGCCAUGAUGGCACGUAGAGACAGUUCAAAGUGGGUCAGCAAAGCAAUAAAAGAGAUGCAAAAUCAUGUUUCUGAUUUGUUAGAAAAUUCUUAUGAAGGGGAUGCUUACAGCAAGGCAAUUGAAUGCUUGCUGGCUCUACGGAAAGGUUGUAUUCUUGAGCAGGAACCAAAGGAAUUCAAUCGGUUUCUGCUUGGUCUUUAUGAGAAAUGGAAAGACACUGAUCUUGCAAAUUUUUUUGAGCUGCUUUCAUCUAAAAAUAUCACAUUGAUCAGCCAAAAAGAAGCACCUGACAGUAAUGUGACAGAAGAGGACGCCAAAAAUUUCCCAGUCAAAGCCGAGCUAAAAUCCCAGUAGCCAUGUUCUGACAUCAGACUGACAAAUUGCUGAAGUGGACUAAGAGUGGUUCUGGUUCAUAUAUUCACGGGAGAUCACCGCAAGUACCAAAAACCUUUAUGCAAACUCGUAAAUGGGCAGCACCAUGCCUCAUUGAUAUGGCUUUUCCACAGCAAAACUUGGCUAAUUUCCUAAAGACAGUUCUAUCUUAUUGCCAGGCAAUUCCCUCUUGUUUGUUAUCCAACUGAAGUCCCUUGCACUGACCGGUAAUUUAUAUCUGAUCUCUUUAUGUUUAACAAAAUGUCUAGCAAAAGACGGAGGCAUGCCCCAGAGUAGGCAUUUGACGUAUCGUGAAGGCAUACUCUCUAUGUUGCCCUAGUUUCGUAGAUUUUUAGGUACUUUGCCGUAGGUGCAAUAUAACAGGUAGGUGCUUUUUUUUGGGCCUCUAUGGAGGUAUGAUCUUGUAUGUUUUUGGUGGAUAUUUCUUCAUACAGCACUGAUGAAUGGGGAGAAUGCUUGUCAGGUUAUUCUCAGGACUUUCAGGUAAUGGAGCAUCAAGAUUGGUCAAAA